UGACAGCUGCUGCUGUACUUGGCAACCAUGUACCUAAGAAGGAAAAUAUAACGUGAUAAAUAAUUUUUCAUUCUGAUAAGUUAUUGUGGAUGUGGUAUUUAAUGUUAAUGAUAAACCAUAGUUUUAUAUGUUGUUUAAAAGAGUGAAUAGUAUCCCCAAAAUGGAGCAGGAGGAGUGCAUACACCAAGGAUUUCUGCUGUUACCACCUGUUGGAAAAUUGCUAAAGAAAUCAUGGCAACAAAAAUACUGUAUGCUAUUCAGAGCAAGCAAAUUCGGCAUGGAACGACUAGAAGUAUACGACGCCGUGGACUCCAAAGAAUACAAGAUCAUAACGUUAGAAAACUGCAUCAAAAUCAACUCCAAGUCUCUCACAACGUUCGUAAUAACCUCCAAAUCGGGAAUUUACGAAUUUGGUGCUCUUACAGAACACUCCAUGAACGAAUGGCUGUCCGCAAUCCAAUCCGUCGCCUUUCCAGACGAAGUCUCCAAAAUGACGUCAAUCGAAGAAGACAACGACCUCUAUUGCUCGUCUGGAGAAGGUGUGUUCAACGUCAAGCUGCAUCCUUCACCGGUUUCGAUCAACUGUGGGUUGGAGAGCAAAAAUUAUACCUUAGUUCUUACAUCGACUGCCUUACAAUUAAGAAACAUUAUAGAUAAUAAGCUUCUGUUCACGUGGCCUUAUUGCUACAUCAGGAGGUAUGGCUAUAAGAGUGGUAAGUUCACUUUCGAAGCUGGGAGAAAAUGUGAAUCUGGAGAAGGGACGUUUUACCUUGAACAUCAAAAUCAACAGGAGAUUUUUAGGUGCCUAGCAACCAAGAUGAAAUCUAUGAAAAAAUUGCUCUCCGGCGAAACAUCACCUCUCCUAGACUGUGGAGAAGACCAAUUCCAAGCCGCGUUGCUCUUAGCACCCAGAUCCAGAACUCCCUUAGUGCCCUCCCCCACGAUACCAUCGUUGCAAUCCAUAUCAGACUCAUCCAUAUCCAGCAAAUCUCAGUUAUCGCAAAUUAGUAGCAUUAGUAGCGAACUUGAAUCUAAGAAUAUCCCGUUUUCGUUGAAAAGUAUCAAACCGAACAAACCUCCUAGAAAAUUUGUGCCGUUAGGCAAGCCUCUACCAGAACAAGAUCCUACAUACGAGCCAAUUCAGAAAUACGACGAGAUAGAAUACAGAAACAACGCCUGGCAGACUCUUGGUAUUGAUGCUCCAGACCACACGGAACAAGUUGCCGAAGAAGAAGAUGAAUAUAUGUCUUGGGGGGAGAUCAAAAAACAGAAAGAAGCCUUAAAGAAACCUUUAGCGCCUACUAUUAUUACACAAAAUACACCCGUAGAUACCGGAGACACAUACGACAAGCUCAACUACUUCGGAUCAACGAGCAAAAAUAAUUCAAAGUCACCGUACAAGCAAGUUUUUCCUGUUCCAGUGAACCCGGUAUCGGAACCUCUUGCGUAUAACGAGUACGACGAAGUUCAGUGUUUCCAAGAAGACAACCCAAAUAAGAAGGAUCCCAACGAUGAUAAGGUGAACCACCAGUUGUACAACGAAGAAGCGUAUGCCGUCAUCAGCAAACCAAAACGAGUCUAGUCAAAAAUUUGGUUUUUAGACUGUAAGGAAUUAAGACUAAAAACGAUUGCUUUUAAAAAAAAUGUGCCAAACAGGUAAUUUCACUCAAUUUCGUAUUAGAAUAUAAAUAUUUUAAUUGGUUUUUUUUAUUUUUAUAAAAAAAUAUAAGCGAGAGGUUGUUAUUUAUGGGAUAUCUAAAAGAGAUCGGUCUGUGUGCUUUGAAAUAGGGGUGCCAAAAUAUUUGUACACUUAAGCCAUGCAUAUCCGACUCGAAGGACCAAAAUAUGUAUAAUUAAGGCAUGUACAUAUGUGAAAUUAUUACAAUAAUUUAAGAGUUUUAGGACUGUAUUAUAGCUGUGGUUAAAAUGAAUUGAAAAACCGGGAUGUCUUGUCUUUAAGUCUUUCUCGGAUACACAUGCACAGGUCAGUAGUUGCGUUUUAAACUAGUUCACAAGGAGAAAAAGUGUUUGUUCUUUACGAGAGAUGAAAUCAUAGAGCUUUGCGAUACUGUUCUUGUUCAGCUAGCCGUUAUCACUGAGAGAGGAGAACGGCACUUGUUGUUUUUUUGAGAAUAAAAAAUUAGAGAGAGAGAGAGAGAGAGAGAGAGAGAGAGAGAGAGAGAGAGAGAGAUUCGCGUGUGGUCACUUCGCAAGACGGCAUUAAAGUGACUCCGUCUACUGUCCCUCUGUGGGUGGAUGUUUAUGUCUGUAUGGGUAGUCUGUAUAUUUUUUGAGAUUCUGUGUUUGGGAAUAUUGAUAUUGUGUUUGUGUAUUGUGUGUUGCAUAUAUAUUGUGUAUGAUUGAGAUGUGUGUUUGACAUGUUGGUAUAUUCCUGUUGUUCACUUCUUCUUUAAGUAUUGGCAACCAAAGCCUGUUGUAUUCUGCUGAUGGGUUUGCUACACAUUUUUCUUCAUUUAUCAGGAUGAGGGCUGCUGAUGGGUUUGCUACACAUUUUUCUUCAUUUAUCAGGAUGAGGGCUGCUGAUGGGUUUGCUACACAUUUUUCUUCAUUUAUCAGGAUGAGGGCUGCUUAUUUGGUUUUUCCCUUUUAGAUGUCUGUUUCCUUCAUGCAUCUUUUCACUGUACUCUCUGUUCAUUGGUCAAAUCAUGUUUGCAUAUCUGUGAUUUGUCGAAGUUUCUGUUUUGAUGUAUGUUUCAUGCUGAUUGCAGGGUAUUUUGAGUAAAAUCAAUGGGAAAGUCCCAGUAGCUGGCUGUAUUCGCGGUGUGCAAGUACACUUCGCGUCAAAAAAAACUGGUACAAGUCUUAUAAACGAAAAUCGUGUUUUUCUAGUUGUGUAAAUUGGUCUUGUCACAAAUGUCAUUCUUAUUUCUGGGCAACGUUGCCAGUUCAACUAAAAUAUUAUAUCAAACCAGGUAAAAGCAGGGCUGUGCGGCAGACCGCAAGUUUUUAGUAGGUUUACUAAAAAUUAAAACAACAUCGAGCAUUCUCGAUUAGUCAGUCACAUUUAUUUAAACAUGCAUCCUAAAAAAUUAUCUUAUUAAUUUUGUAAUGUUCCAUCAUCUCAAUUAAGUUCCCAUAAAUUAAUUCGUGUUCUAUUAUAAUUUAUGACAGAUAUGACAUGAAUGACAGAUAAUAACUCUAGACAACCCAUUAAAUUAUUCUGUUUAAUUUAAAAUCGAGAAGUGUGAUGGGUUUCUCGUAAAGUGUAGCACAAAACUCUUUUACGAGUUGUGGGAUACUAAUAAAUAAAACACACUGGAAAAAUUAAAAUUUGAAAUUAAUACAAAAUGACUAACUUUUACAGUGAAUAGGUGUGAAACUUAAAUAUUAUAUAUUACAAUAAAAUUCGAAACUGCUGAAAUAUUAAGGACAUAGGUGGAAAAUGAUGUAUAUAAAAAAAAUUAUACCUGAUGGUGAAUUGGAAAACGGGCCAUAUUCAAUGGAAAAUUUUAAACUGUAGAAUUCCUGUUCCCUAAUUAUUUUAUAUCAAAACACAUAAACAACCAUUUCUAGAGGAUUGAAAUCUGUAUUGAAAACAACUGUUAAAAUUGUUCUACGAAUUAAACAUUCCAAAAUUUUGUAAAAAUAUAAUAAUUUUUCACAGAAAUACGCCAAAGUUAUGCCACACACAUUACCAUAAUGUGUAUCGGUUGCGUUCGGUCCAUUGGUUCGGUCACAGUGCUAAUAUUUAACUCUAUGGGUCACAGUGAAGUUAUUAUAAAUAUUGACAAUUUGAACUGUCAAAAUUUUUAUUUUAUCAUUUCUUGUUUAAAAAAUAAUAAAAUUGAUAAGAUAGCCUCAGUUGAGGAGAUAGUAUUAAUAAUAAAGAUGUUUUAUUCAAUCAAUAGUGUGCGAACAAUCAGGUAAAUAAUAACGUGGGCCUAACUUUUACACACAUACCUACUGUGGCAAAUGUAGGUAUUUUUCAAAAUGUUGGAAUGUGUUUAAAUCCUAGAACAAUUUUAGCUUUUGUUUUUAAUACAGAUUUUAAUCCUCUACAAAUAGCUUCUCAUGACUUUUGUUGUUAAAUGAUUAGGGAAGCAGGAAUUUAACAGUUUAGAAUUUUACAUUGAGUUACCUAAGGCCCGUUUUACAAUUCACCACCAUGAUUUUUGAACGUUAUUUUUUGUAUUUAGAUUUAGUGCAAUUCAAUUAUCUGUGCUGGCAACAACGCCGUGAUUCACGAGCCAUUGUGUCCAGUCUGAACACAGGUUUACAUUGGGAAAAAAAAGUGUACCAGUUUUUUUUGACGCGAAGUGUACUUGGAAGGGAAUUGAGAUCGUGCGCGAAUAGCGGAGAAAUAUUGCAACUUUCUUAAAUAAUUCAUGUUGUCAAUUGAAAUUGUCAAAUUGACGUACAUUUCAUAUCUACUGUCAUUGAAGAAGAAAAAUUAUAUGUUGCUCCACAAUAUUGAUAUGAUAUGCAAUUAUUAUAUAAAGGUAAAUUUAAUUAAUUGUAUUUUGCUUGCAGUACUGCAUUUUAAUAACUAAUUUUAUUUACUACAUACAAUUGUUUACGUUUUAAUAACAUAACCUGAAUCUUAUUUUUUCUUCUUAUUAUUUUUUUGGACUAUGGCCUUGACAAUUAUCCAGUAACCAGGACUAAUAUAAUUAUCCAAUGUAAUUAAAAGUGCUAAAAAUGUUGCAGAGCGUAGAAACCAGGUGUCGCUUUGCCGAACUUGCACGGUCCCAAUACCAUAAUUAAAAAUAAUACAGAACAAGUAAAAACUUCGUUUGUAUAAUGGUAUAAAAAGUUUAUUGAAAAACUAUUAAAAAGUCAUCCAAAAGGAUUCGCAAAACGUUUUCAAUCUAGAUCAGAUCAUCUUCAGUGCCUAGAACGAAGUAUUUCCACGUUAGAAUGAAUACCAAAGGUUAAAAUUAUGACUAGUUAAAGAAAAAAUGUGGAAAAUACUUACGUUCUGCUUAGUACAUGAAACUAGCAACCUUGUAGAAUAGGUGACAUCGAGAAAUAUGAUUUACAUUUUUAAAAGAUGAUGUUAGUGGCGACUCUAAGUCGAUGUUAAGCGAUAAAUUUAAGAGUGCUCAAAGAGCAACAUGAUUCACUGCUUGAUGGUAACGUGUGGUACUUGCCAGUUCGAUGGACACAGACCAACAAGAAUAUAGGAGAUGACAAUCUAUUUAUCAGACUGAAGUGACAUGACAAGACAGGUAGUCAAUUUUUGGUUAUGAAUUUAAAUUCAAAUUAUCAGUUAAGCUGAAUGGAUGUUAAUAACUGUGUUAAAGUGGAAUUUAAAUUAUAAUAAAAUUAUAUUCUAUUAUAAAAUUCAAAAAGGCAACUCUCUGUUACAGAAAGAACUGUUGUUGUUGUUAUGUUAAUAAAAAUGUUAUUCAUAGUAAAAUCAAUGACAUCAUUGAUGACAGUUUAAAAAAGAAGAUGCAAGUUUAAUUUAGUAUUGAAAUAAAAAGAGAACUGAAAAAACUUGAAUGUAAACAACUAAUGGAAGGAACAUACAAGAAACCUAGUAAUAUUGUAAAAAAUUGAAAAAAGAGUAAUGUUGGUUGCCUAUGAUUAUGGUUGUAAUGGGUAACAAAGAAAGAGAAAAUUGAUAAAUUUAGCUGAUGAUUAUUUGAAUUAGUUAACUAAUAAUUUGAAAUCUACAGAUGGUACUGGAGUGAACAGACUGAAAUGGAUGAAAGAAUUUUUUUUAUUACUGUAGAAGUUUUUUAAAAGGAGAGAGGUUUAGCAAAAAGCAGGUUAAAUACAAAAUAAAAAAUAAAAACAAGUAGUAGUGAUUGCCUGAUAUGGUAUUGUUGAAAAAAUAUUAUUUGAUUAAAUUACUGAAAGGAUAAUAGAUAUGUAUGUACUGAAAUGAUAACAGAUGUAAAAUGCCAGAUUAACUGAAAUUAUGAUUUGAAAGAAUGUAGAAAAAAGGAGAAUGACAUAAGUGUUAUUAUCAGAAAUGUACUUAAAUUGAAAUGUGUGUCAAACAUUUGUCAUUGUAUUUUGAGUAUUCAAAGGUAUCAAAAAAACACAAAAUUAAAAACGUUGGCACACCAAAAUCAGAAAUUUUGCAGGAACUGGAAUUAAAAACCAAUUAAGAAGACUGAACAGAAAUCAUUCUAAUCGCUAAAAACAGAAUAUAAAUCAAUUUGAGUGAUGAAACGAAAGAACAGAAACUUUAGGACACCACUGAUUGAAUUUCUACCGCGCUGAGCAGAUGGGACGUGAAUUAUAAAUUGUAAAAUUCCCUCAUCUUCCUUAGUCUCAGCAUCCGUUAUGGCUUGCAAAUUGUAGAAGCCUCGGAGGUGUUACCAGAGAAGGUUCCCGUUGUUUUCAAUCUGGUAGGAUGUAGAGUAAUACUUUUAGGUGUUAUUUUAUGUGCUAUUGGAUUGAAAACUUAGUUUUUGCUAGCAGUUGCCGCUAGAGCAUCCCUGCCAUUUCGUUCGUUACAAUCCGUGACUGCACGCCGGGGUUUGUCCUAGUUGGGUCAGAGAGAGCAACAUAUGUGCCUCCUGAUGAGAGACUAAUAAGUUUCGAAACCGGUAGAGGUGCUUGCUGCACUCUCUGAUUGGACUAGAAUAAUGAUGCGGCUGUAGUUUCGUGUUGCAACGAAAUUGAAAAUGGUUAUUCAUUUUUGACGAAUUUCUACUGUUAGAGACUUUUCAUUUUACGAAUGAAGAAGAAAAUAGCGUUUUCAGAGCAAUUUUAAUAAGAUGCAUGAGACUAUAACUUAUUGGCCAUCAUAUCAGUCCAAUUUUCUUGUGGAGUCUUGAAAAAUUGACGAAAAAAUUUGAACUGAAAUACGAAAAAAUGUUUCAUUCAAUUGCUUGCUUUUUCUCUCUAAAAGUUUUUCUUAGUUCGUACAAGUUUUGGCCUAUAUUGGGCCUCAUAAGGUAGUAGAAGAUAACUAAAACUAACUCUGAGAGAAAAGGCAAAAUUUUUUUAACAGAAUAUUCACAUUGAGAUUCUCAUUCGCCGUUGUUGGACUAAAAUCAAAUUAUUUUUGGCGUCAGUGUCUUUCAUUAAGUGGCAGUUUUAGUCAUCUUUUCUGGCAGAAAGUAUACCCAAAUGUUGAAACCGUACAAAUAGAAGCACAAGGAAGCUCUAACACAAUUACACUUAACGUGCAUGCUACUAAUGGAAAAAUCAGAACUUGUUGCAGAAAAAUAACAUUAUUUGCAACUUUCAAAUUAAAACAUUUAGUAUUUCGAUUAUUAUAUCUUGAAAGAAAUCACUUAAUCAAUUAUUUAUAAUUUUAACACAAUAUCAACGGCAAGUCCAGACCUGUAGACUUUGUACAGGAUAUUUGAUGACUAAUCCAUGGUGAACGUUUUGCUUGAACGUUACCUAACAAUGCAAAACUUUUAAAUCGUAAAUUGUACAAUUGUACAUUUAGCACCCCUGUACUAAAGUAUUGGUAAAAAUGAUUGUUAAAUCUACUGUUAUCACUCUAUAUCUUUUUUUUAUUGGACUAGAUUUUGAUUUAUUGUUGAAUCUAGUAUUUUUUGAAUACUAAAUAAGUAUCUGAUAAAUAACACCUGCUUCUUUUUAAUACCUUCCCAUAAUCAAAUGGUGUCACUACUCUGCCAUGUGGUAACCUGAUAAAAAACAGGAAGAUACUUUAAAGGAGUUUUAAAAUAAUUAUUGCUUUGUGGUCAACCUUCAGUUUUUUUGGACACAGAUUGUUCAUAUCAGCGGUUCUCAAACUUUUUGAGUCAUGUACCACCUACAGUUCCUUUCACUAGUUUUCGUACCAUCUAUAUUUUUCGAUUGUAUUAUCAAAACUUAAUAAGUACUACUAUUUUAAUUUUUUUGUGUUUUGUGUACCACCGGAAAUAAUGAUAUGUACCACCAGUGGUACAUGUACCACAGAUUGAGAACCGCUGGUUCAUAUGAUUGUAACAAAGUCUACACACGCUCUGACCAAACCUAAUGUCACGACAGAAUUCACCGACCAUUCUUGUCGUAUUUUCAACGAAAACUUUUCGUUUAUAAAUUCGCAAAGUCUGAGUGUUAUUGCGUUGCCGUCCUGCAAUACUUAGAGCAGAUUAAUCGAUGGAUUCUUAUGUAGUUUUGUCUUCUGAAUCCAAAUCUGAAAACGGCAUUUCGAUAUCUCUAACCGUCUUCGAGAUAAUCGACCUCAAAGUCUAAAAUGUGACGUCACAAUCCUUUUAUUUUCUGCCGACACACUAAACGUCAGCUGAAAUCGUUGCUAGUAAGUAGGCUAGUUUUUUAAUCUGAAUUUGUUAAGCAAAGCAUAGGUUAUUCACAUUAUUUAAGUUUGACACUUCGUGAAUGUCAAACUAAAUUUUAAAUAAAGUAUUAAUAAUUUCAAAUUUCAAAUUUUCCAUAUAGAAAUAGAAGACACACUACCACCAUCAUUAGAAUGCGCACAGGCCAUUGUUUAACAAAACAACAUCUGUAUAAAAUGAAUAUAAAAGAUAAUCCUUUUUGUGAAUGUGGUCGUCUCGAGGAUCUAAACCACAUCUUUUUUGAAUGCCCGAUUAAUGUGAUUCCUAAUUUUGAUAUAUACACAAAAUUUUUUUCCAUGAACUUCAAAACACCGCUCUCUAUAUACAAUAUUCUAAGUUCCUUAACGGAAGAAUCAGUCAAUGUAAUUAUGCGUUUUCUUGCAAUUAACCAAAUAAGCUUAUAAACUGCAAUGCGUUUUCUAGCAAUUAACAAAAUAAGCUUACAAAUUGCAAGGCUCAACUGUUUAUAUGUAUCCGUGUUAUAUUAUGUUGCUAUUUGUCAUUUAAUUUAUGUUUUAAUUUUUAAUCAUACUUAACCUGACCCAAUUAAUCUCAUUUAAUUAUAAUCAUCACACCUCAUCAAAAGCUUCCUUACAAGAACAUAGUCAGCGAUUUUGGUAUGGCUUAGAACCAGACUACCUCAAGAUCGCUUAUAAAUCGUGCUGGUAAUCGCCUUGCAGCGAAACCAAAAACAAAAAAGAAGAAGAAGAAGUAUUAAUAAAAUAUCAAUGACAUUUGAUAGUGAAUUUAAUUAUUAUAUAAAAUAAAUACGAUGUUCAAAAAUACAAUUUGAGUAUAUUUUGAAAGCAAUAAUUUAUUAACAAUUUUAAAAAGGUUUAUACGAGUAUACGGUUUCCGCUUUAAUGGGAGUACCUAAUGAUAAAUGGACUGUUCCAUUUGUUAUGAAAUGAAAAUUGUUAUUAUAGUCGGUUCGCUAAACUCAGACACAACUGGCUAGUGAUUUUAGUAGGUAAUUUUUUUGUUUUUUGCCAAUUUUGCCAAAAUUGGCAAGAUAACUAAUUAUUUAGUAAUUAUUAACUAUUUAGUUAUUUUUUUUUGCCAAAUUGGUAAAAUUACUGACUAAAAUCACUAGCCAGUUGUUUCUGAGUUUAGCGAACCGACUAUAUUAAAUGUUGUUUGGAAUAAAAAAUUAUGGUCUGAUAUGUACCUACGUUACCUACAUCUGAAUCUUAUGUUUGUGCGUCACAGUGUUGCCAUACUUUUUUGUUUAUUUCUUUCAUAAUUUCAAUCAAUGUUAAAUGUACCUACAAGUAUAAUAGAAUAAUUUUAUAAGAAUUUUUUAAGAUUUAUUAUUAUAAGAAUAUUUUUUUAUAAUCAUUCAUCUGUUUGAUUUAUCUAUUUAUCUACUUUUUUAUAACAAUUUAAAUUAUCUUUCACUUAAAAUCAUUUACACGGUUUAUCUUCAUUGAUCUAUUUUAUUUAUCAGUUGAUCUUCUUUUUUUAUAACAAUUUCAAUUAACUUUGAUUUAAAAUGCCGCUUUUGAGCUUUUUGUAUUAAAAACUUUUUGUAUUGGUUUUUCAAAACUAUUUUUUAAUUUAUUAUAAUCAUUCAUCUGUUUGAUUUAGGUAUCUAUUUAUCUACUUUUUUUAUAACAAUUUAAAUUAUCUUUGAUUUAAAAACAUUUAUACAGUUUAUCUUCAUUGAUAUUUUUUAUUUGUCAGUUGAUCUUCUUUUUUAUAACAAUUUUAAGGUAGCUUUGAUUUAAAAUGCGUCUUUUGAGCUUUUUGUAUUAAAAAACUUUACUUAAUUGGUGUUUCAAAACUGUUUUAUAAUGAAACUUUAUGAAGCUCGGAUCCAAUGCCACGUAAAUAUUAGGGUGCACUAAUAUACAAGCUGUCCUAAAUUGUAUAGCCUAACCCGACCGUCAGGAUGUUGGAAUAGCAAGACCAUCCGACCAAAUCCGUCAGCCUGACUAGCAGGAUGACUUAUUUUUGUCAUGCGACAAGCCUACACACGCUCCAACAGUUAGACAGUCAAGUUGUAAACAGACGAACCACUCUGCAGCGCUACUCUGUGGCGCCACAAAGUAGCUUCCGAUGAUUAGCCGUAAAUUCUUAUGUAAAUUAAACAUGCCAUUCCAGACGAGCGACAGUGGCCAGCCACUGUCACCGAUCUUCGCUGCUAGUGGCGUCCACUACAAAAUCGCCUGUCUAAGCCACUUUGUGACGCCACAGAGUAGCGCUACAAAGUGGCUUGUGUGUUUCUAGGCUUAGGUGGUUUGGUCAGGGCGCGCGUAGACGUUUUAAAGAACAACUUUAUGCUUUUUUUACAUAAAAGUACUUGUUUGUUCUAAUGUUUACUUAUCUUAAUUAUUAUUAACUAAAUUUAAAGAUGUAUUUGUCAGAGCUUUAGCUGUUAAUUUUUGUCUAUAUUUAUAUUUUUUACAUAUUUUAGAAGAUAAUAGAGAGUGAUAGUAGUAUAUUUUUUUCUGCAAUUGUAUAUCUCUUACAACUCUCAGCUUAUAUACGAUUUUACUUCCAAAAGUAAAAAUUUUAUGAAAAAACUAUGAGAUAUUUUCUUUUAAAAGAAAGCCUCAAGAAACAUUCCAUGUACUGACUAUAGUUUAACGAAAUUAUUAUCAAUUUGAUAUUAUAUACAAGAAAAUUUUUUAAAAUUAGCUAGUAAUUUUAGUUAACCUGAUUUUUUAAAUUCUCGAAUCUUAUUUAAAGAGAUACCAUGCGGAGAAUAGAUCUACAAAGUUCUAUUAAAUAACCUAGAAGUAGAACUCCCUAUGAUCGUAUUAAGGGUGUAGGCGCAAAAUUUCGCGCCAAUCUGUUUUGAAUACAUUAAUUUUUUUCGAAUCCUGAGAAAAUUAAUGAGUAUUUUUGAAGUCCCUGAAAACUUCUAUAAUGUUUAUAUUAAUAAGUUACAGCGGUGAAAAAAAAAAAGAGAAAAUUUAGUGCGAUUUUUAAUUUCAAAUAUUUUAUUCAAAAGAAACUUUUUGGUUAUUCUAAGGGACUUUUUGCCUCGGUAAUUAAAUGCAUUUAAACACAGUGUCGCUAAAUUUUGCGCCUACGCCCUUAAGACAGAAUUGAAGCCAAUUAGAGGGCGCUAUUUUUCAGCGAAAAAAAUAAUAAUAAUAAGGGGACAAGUAUUUGAAUGUUAAACUUGACUGAAUUAAAGAAAAUUUUGAAAGAUCUCGCUUAUGUUAGCUUUGUUUAUGAUUUUUAUCGUGGAAUAAUGAAGUUUGGGACUUCUUUAUCAAACCAAUUACAAAAAAAAACAAGAUAUCUAUCCAGCUGGUUUAAUGUUGCCUAUACUUUUUAUUAAAAUAUUUUCAGUGAAAGAGAAAUUUCAAUCAAUGUUUACAUUUUUGCUCCUUUAUUUGUGUUCAUCUAGCGGACAAUACGCGCACUAAACUUAAAAAAAUCGGCUUCAUUUAUUGUCCUCCAAUUCUACAUCUAGUUUAUUAUUACUACAAUGACUACAUCUAUGGUUAGAUCAAAAUGUGUUUGACAGUAAAGUAUGUCAACUGUCAAAAUAUGUUUGACAAUUUUCUGCGUCAAUUGUCAACUGUAUUUGACAUGAGAGUUAAAAACUAUCAUAAAUACUACUUCUUAUUGGUAUCUCUUUACCAAACGACAUUCUCCACUAUGUGAUACUACAAUUCCAUCACAUUUUUGUAUUUGAACGUAAGUAUUGAUAUAAUAAGUGCCUUAUUAUUUUUGUAUUUUUAUUAAAAAAAUAAAUAUAGUAAAUAUUAUUAUAAAUAUAAACAUUAAAUAUUUCGCAAAACGAUUGUUUUACCACUUUAAAUUUUAAAUAAAGUUAUUUAAAAAAUGUUCGUAUGUAACAUUUUAAAAACAUUGUGCUCAUUAGUAUAGAUUUUUUAUGUAGCAUAACGAAUUAAAGAAUAUAGUGUUUUUCAUACCAUACAAGAAUUUUUUCGUUUUUUUUUCUUUUGUGAACUCUCUGUAUAGUGACCAGCCAAUGGAAGUAAACAAUUUUAUUGGUAUCACGAGAAUCGUACAAAGUGGCCAAAAUCGCGCAACUUUUGUUUAUUUAACAGCUUUAUAGAAACUGUGGCAAAAACUUAUGACAAAAAUUGCAUAUAUGAAAGCUGCACUCUUCACCUUUAAAAAGCAGUUUGAUUUUUGUCAAUAGGACACUCUGAUCAAAAGAUAUCGAAUUUUUACCGUAGAGUUGAUAUACAUUUUAUUUCGCGCAUAUAAUUGACUUAGCGCUCGUAACGACAUUCAAAAUCGCCGGUCCCUUCAAGCGUUGUUUCUUGUAGAACGGUUAAUUCUACGCAAAAAGUGCUAAUUAACAUUUUGGUUCAAAAUUACAAGUAUCAGCUAUAUGCUACAUUUCUUGUUUGAAAUUUUUUUUCUACAGCCUACAGCUUCUUUGGAAAUCGAUGUAUUCUGUUUUCUCCCUCUACGAGGGAGGAUAUUAGGGGCACGCCAGGGGUAGGAGUGGCAAACUUUUUUUCACAGUUUUUUGGUCCCAAUAUUGACAUUUUCAGCAGAAUUCAGCUUGUUAUGAUUUUUAGAGGUUCACCGGCAUUUUCUUCCCUGACGACCCGAGUAUUUAUAUGUUUCUUCUUCUUCAAGUGCAGUCUCCUAAUCGGAGGUUGGAUAUCAUCAUCACUAUCUUUACUCUAUCCACCGCUGCUCUAAAGAGUUCUAUAGAACUGCAUCUAAACCAGUGCCUUAAAUUCUUUAACCAUGACACUCUCCUUCUUCCAAUACUCCUUCCGCCUCUUAUCUUUCCCUGUGUUAUCAGUCUUAGCAUUUCAUAUCGCGGUCCUCUAAUUACGUGUCCCAGAUAUUGUAACUUUCUUAUUUUUAUUGUGUUUAUUAUUUCGCAUUCUUUACCCAUUUCUCGCAGUACUUCCGUGUUCGUUUUCCUCUGUGUCCAUGCUAUUCUAAGCAUCCUUCUGUAACACCACAUUUCAAAUGACUGUAGCUUAUUUAUGUGUUCUUGCUUUAAUGUCCAGCUUUCAAGUCCAUAUUGUAGUAUCGAGAACACGUAGCAUCUCAAAGCUCUUACUCUCAGUUCUAAGCUAAGGUCUUUGUUGCAGAGAACUGUUUUCAUUUUUACAAACGCAUUUCUUGCUAUUUCUAUCCUGGUCCUUAUUUCUGUUGUUUGAUCAUUUUUCUCUGAAAUCCAGGUUCCUAGGUAUUUGUAUUUAUCAACCCUUUCUAUUGGUACAUUUCCCGAAUGUAUGCUUGUUUGUAUGUUUGUUUUCUUAGUUAUUAUCAUGUAUUUGAUCUUUUUUAUAUUCAUUUUUGGUCCAUAUUCUUCACAGAAAUUUUUUUUUGUUUAGUAGUAGUUGGAGUUGUUCAGCAGAGCUUGCCAUAAUCACGGUGUCAUCUGCAUAUCUUAUGUUGUUAAUAGAUCUUCCGUUAAUUAUUAUUCCCUCACUUUGAGAUAGCAAUGCUUCUUCAAAAAUGGCUUCACUAUAUGCAUUAAAGAGUAAUGGAGACAUAAUACAUCCCAGCCGAACUUCUCUCCUGAUUUCAAUUUCUGGACUGCGUUCGUUAUCUAUUACAAUUUGUGCUCUUUGAUUCCAGUAAAGGUUUGUUAUUAUUCGUAAGUCCCUUUUGUCUAUGUUUUUUGUCUUUAGAAUUUGGACUAAUUUUUCAUGUCUUACUUUGUCAAAAGCUUUCUCAAAAUCAACGUAACAAACAUGCACAUCCACGUUCAUGUCCAUGCAUCUUUGAGCUAACACAUUAAAAGCAAAUAACACCUCUCUGGUUCCUAGUCCGUUUCUGAACCCAAACUGACUAUCAUCUAUUCCUUCUUCUAGUUUUUUAUUUAUACGACCAUGUAUUAUUUUCAAGAAUAAUUUGAGAAUGUGACUUAUUAAUGAUAUUGUUCUGUAUUCACUGCAAUCUUUAGCGUUUGUAUUUUUAGGGAUAGCACAAAAGGUUGAGAGUAACCAUUGUUUUGGUAUGUUUGCUGUUUUGUACACUGUGUUAAACAAACAAUUUAUAUUUAUAUUGAUAACUAUUAUAACUAUUAUAUACUAUUAUAACUAUUUAUAUUUUUAGUAAUAAUAAAACCCGUCAAAUUGUCUGAAUAGGUAUGAAAACCACUAUAUACAAAUAUAACAGUAUUUUAAACACUACUUACUUUUGUAACAUUAUUUUACCGUACUAUACAAACUGUUAGAUAUGACAGUUUAGUUGAACAUUUACAAUUUUAUUUAUGUCCUCAAACCACUGAACAACCAAUAAAAUUAUUUACAGUUGUUUUUUAUUUAAGUUAUUACGAUAUUCUAUAGCAGAUAAUACUUUAACGAUUUCUUGUGCUACCAUAUGCUGCAAAAUUGCUUUUAUAUAAGGAAUAUAGAUGCCGUAAUGUUAAGCUUUUAGUAUCUGUAUAAAAAGAAACAUAUGUAGAACAGUUUGCAGGUAGUUCUUUGUACUACUUUCAUUUUUUUUUUAAUUUGGCCACUUUCUCAUAACUAAAACAGAUAUGCCAAAAUCUAACCCUAUCUAUCAACUGUCUAGUAAUUGAAUUUAUGUAUCUUUCAAAUUGAAAGUUACACCAAUAUUUAGUCUACCAUUUUUAUCUUUUUCCUUCUUUUCACCCAUUUUCUCCUUGCAUGUUCAUAUUUCCCUCUGUAUAGUAGAAACGGAAAUUGGUCAGAAUGCGCAACAAAGUGGGGGUAUCGAUGUUUGGUAUAAAUUUUUAAGAAAUUCGAGUAGCCGCUUUAAAGAUAAGCUGGUAUUUUAACAUCCCAUUAAUCAUUGUUAAUACUUACAGUAAACACUUGCAUAUUAGUACAGUUAAAAUAAUUAGACCGCAAAUAUUAAGCAAGAGGGCAAAAAAGCAAGUUUAUUAGCGGAACCGAAUUCAAAACUAUUUUGCACAUUAUAUUUGAAACAUUAUUUGGUUAAAACAUCUCAUUUUUGUUUGAAAAAAAAUGUAUAUUAAUUUAUCUGGACUAAAUUACGGUUCUGUUGAUAUCCUAUAAGACUUGGUAUUCACACAAUGUUGCCAAACUGAAUUUUGUUCUAUUCAGUUUAAAAUUUCUAGCCAAUUUCCGAGCAUAAUAUAAAUAUUUUCAAUUUUUGUUUGUUUUAAGCAGCAAAAAGUUUUCAAUUACAAAAUGAUUUUCUUGUACAGGUUCUAAAAGCUAUUCACACUAACUUACAUUGAAAAACCAUUCACAUGUGCCAAAGAUGUAACAAAUUUUUGGCUUAGAUAGGAACCAUAAUUGUAAUAGUAAUAAAAAUGCCAUGUUACUUAAAAUGUACUUGAAAAUAAAGAACUACAUUUUUA